AUGGCAAGCAAACCUUUGCCUGGCUGCUGCUCGGCCCCCCGCAGGCUUCCACCUCAGCCCCGCUACAGCGGCUUCCACCAUCCCGUCACAGGGGGCGGCGGGUCGAGGCUGGAGGCGGUAAUGGAAAAUCUGCAGCGCCAACAGGCAGCUCGUUUUCCCGUAGAGGAGAAGUUCCAGCAGGAGGAGAAAAACAGAACUUUCCGCAGUAAGGUACAGUCCCAGAUCCACCAGCAAGCUGUGGCUUUCAGCCACUACCACGGCGCGCUGGGCGUCACUGUGGCAGCCGGAGCUGCUUCCUCCACCGCGAUGACGAGUCUUCACCGGGAGGACAAGGACGGGAAUUUAAAACCUUACACUGGUGAGGAGGUGCGGGUCACAGAUGACCAGGAGGACAGUCAUAAAGACAUGUCAAACUCUUUCCAACUCCAUGAAGCUCGUCUGUCUCCAAACGGCGCCCCGGUGCGCCGCCUUACCACUGAUCAAGUCUCACGCACAGAUCCGUCCGCGCUGUCCGGUUCCUACCAAGACUGGACCUACGAGGAGCAAUUUAAACAGGUAAGGGUCGCCGCUGGAUGGCCUGUUCAAAAAAGGAGUUAG